GGAGGAGUGACAAUUGAAAAUCAGUUGAAAACAAAGUAACGAGCAUGUUCGAUAUUGCACGAUCUAAAUAGCUUUGUGCGAGGAGGUAAUAUUUUUUAAUUGAAUAAUUUGCAAUCAAUGCUCCUUACUUACCAAUUCAACCGUACUGUUUUGGAGCAUCGAGAAUCUCAUUACAAUUUCAUUAUUAUUUGAUUGUUAUAAAGAUACUCAUAAAAAUUCUUGUUAAUAAUCGAGGCAUUAAUUAAAAAUUUUUAUAACGCAGUGGUGGUGUUGAGAAGAGUCGAGUGUGAAGAUGUAUGAGAGAGGAUCAUCUAAAUACAACCGGCAGUUUGUUUAACAUUCGUGUCUGCAUUGUUUGAAACGCCUGCGCGAAUUUCCUUUGGAAGAGACGCGUUGGUAGGGGUAGCGCGGGAUUCAGGGUCGAAAUUGCACGGUGGUUGAAAAGCAUCGGACAUCAGUCGAGGACAGGCGGUCUCGCGUUUAAGUGGUAUAUCAAUUCCAUGUCGCCUUUGGUCCUGUUCUUUCAUUGCGGAGUUUUGGCCAUUAUUUUCGGGAACGGUUUGGGAGAUGAACACGAAUACAGACUGACGAAGUAUCUGCUCGAUGGAUACGACGCUGGUGUUCGACCAGCUAAAAAUUCUUCACAACCCUUGGCAGUCGUCUUUGGACUUUCUCUUCAUCAUAUAAUCGAUGUGGACGAGAAGAACCAGAUACUCACGACGAACUGUUGGGUGACACAGGUCUGGACGGACCACCAUUUGAAAUGGAACGCUUCGGAAUUUGCUGGAAUUCGAGUGAUUCGUGUACCAUACAAUCGUGUUUGGAGACCGGACACGAUUCUCUACAACAAUGCGGAUCCCCAAUACAGCUCGGCGGUUAUCAAUACGAACGUGAUCGUCAGCCACACGGGAGAAGUAGUCUGGCUAAGUCAUGGAAUUUUUCGCAGCAGCUGCGACAUAGACGUGGAGUUUUUCCCCUUCGAUGAACAACGCUGCGUCCUGAAAUGGGCCUCUUGGACCUACGAUGGAUACCAGCUCGAACUGGAGAGGCAGAGCGAACAAGGAGACGUGAGCAAUUACCAAGCGAACGGUGAAUUCGACUUGGUCGAUUUCUCCGCGAGAAGGAACGUCGAGUACUAUUCAUGCUGUCCGGAACCGUAUCCAGACAUCACCUACGAGAUACGUCUAAGACGUCGACCGAUGUUCUACGUCUUCAAUUUGAUUCUUCCAUGUAUACUCAUCAACGGCGUUGCCCUGUUGGUAUUCUACGUGCCCUCGGAAUCGGGAGAGAAAGUCACCCUCGGGAUCUCGGCUCUUCUCUCUAUGACGGUCUUCCUAAUGACUAUUCGCGAGACACUGCCGCCCACGGAGAAGACACCUCUGAUAAGUCUUUAUUACGGAGUCAGCAUUUGCUUGGUGUCUUUCGCUUCGGGAUUAGCCGUGGUUACGUUAAAUCUUCAUCAUCGCGGCGUUCGAGGUAGCAGAGUACCCGGUAUCGUACGAUCUUUGGUCUUGGACAAACUUGCCAGGAUAGUGUUCCUGAAUUUCCAAGAGGAGAAGAGAUCGGAACCAGUCGAGCCACCCCGAAGAAAGAACAACUGCCCGUUGCAUUGUAAACCGGAAGUAGCACAGUCACAGUCAUCCCCGAAGUUUGUUACCAGAAGGGAGGAAAGCAACAGUAGCAGUCCUAGUUUGGGUGAGUUUCGAGCUGCUGCUAGAACAAUGAACUGGAAAAAAUCAACGACUGGUGCAGAUCUAGGAAAAGAAGGUGGCCUCGAAGCUCAAUGGUCGAGAGUCCUGGGAAGAGUACACGCGACGAUCGAGAGGAACGAGAAACGAUUGGCAGAGCAAGAUCGUCGGGAAAGGAUGGAAUUGGAUUGGAAACAGGUCGCUUUGGUCAGCGAUCGAGCACUUCUAUGCAUUUUUUUUCUCACAACGAUCGUCAGCACCACCGUCAUCCUUUGCGGCUCACCACCUACUACGAACAUCGCCAAAGAAUAAUGUUCAUGACACGAGAAUAACUUUGUUUCGAAUCAGAAUCGAUUGGUUUUUUCUCCAAUCUUUAGUAAGGUAUUACGUUUACUUUUUUUCUUUUUUUAAUUUACUUUCAGAAACGAUUCUGGUAGCUCUCUUCCUUUUUUAUACAAUAAAAGAGUUAAUUCAUUGAAACGUCUGUAAAUAUACGUGUGUCGAACGAUGUUGAAUCGAUUAGCUAUAAGUAUCUUAAAAAUAAGAUGUAUAGCAUUUGUUUAACAGAGAUAUACUGGUAU